AUGAUUAGAAAAAAACUUGAAAUAUUAAGACGAGAAAGAACUAAAAAAAUGUAAAAUCUUUUACCUGCUAUUGUUGCAGAUAGAAUGGCACCUUCAUUCUUUUAUUAUAUGUUUGAGCCUUAUGUUGACUUUUAGAAAAUUGCUAAAUCAGAUACAAAUUAAGUGUAACUUUCCACUCCAGAAACAGCCAUUGCUAAAGGCAGAAGACAUGCAGUAUAAGCAGCUAGAAAAUCAAAAGCAUUAUAAAUGAUGGGCAAUCAAUUAAAACUCACUGUAGAUGAAUAAGUUGAAUCAUUUGCAAUACCAGAAGAAAAAGGCAAUCCAAUUAAAUUUGAACCAUAUUCUCUUUAAAGGGCUGCUCUUUAUGACAAAGGGUGUAUCACAUGUGGUGGUCCAAAUAUUAAUGUUACUUAUCAUGGAGAAAGACAUAUCUGUUUAAAAUGCAGAGAUCAUAUCACAACUCUUGAUGGAGAUCCUGUUGUUAUAUUCUAAGAUGAUGAUGGAGAAGUAUGUGUUGUUGGAAUCUCAGAUAAAAAAAAACUCUAUCUUGUAUAACUUGAUGAACUCAAAAUAAAUGGUUAUCGAUGUUAUGUUACAUUUAGCAAUGAAAAUGAAAUUAUUUGCUUGCUACAUGAUUCUUUAAAUGAUAAAUCAAAAAAGUAGUUUCUUUCUUCCACAGCUUUAUGGUAAGCUGAAAAAGAAGAUUAAAUUACUAAAACUAAAGGCAAAAACUUUCUCAUUCUUAAUAAACAGCGUUUCCAAAAAUGA